AUCAUUUUUUUAUUCUUUCUCAUCAAAUAAUAAUUUUCUGUUUCUCCCCUCUCUCUGUCCCUCUUAUUUGCUGAUCGUUCUAUUGCUUUUAUGGCGGCUCAAUCUCAACGUCAUUCAUAAUCUUAAUCUUUUUGGGAUUUCAACUAAUAAUUUCAGCCGGAUGAAUGGAAGCAGAGCCAUCGUUGGCCUCUCCUCAAUUCCCUCAUGAUUUCACUCUCAAAAUCCCUCAAUCUUUGAACAAAAAUGAUAUCAAAAUCCAAUCCCCAGUUAUCUACGAAGAUAUUGAAGACGCUCUACUUAGUGAUGAUGAUUUUCUUCAUACUGUUUCUCCUCCUCCGGGACCCUCCUCUUCAUUUAAACGCAAGAAAAUUCAGCGCUGCAAGACUGCCCCUGCUAUGUCUGCAAUGAAACAGCCCGAGUCUGACCAUGCCCAAAAUCCUGAUUUUGAGUCAGAGUCUGUUACUUUAGUCAGGCAGGCUGCUGUUUUGCUCUUAAUUUACUUGGCCCUCGGUGUCGUUAUUUAUUCAUUCAACCGUGAUAAUUUCUCUAGUGUCGAGACUCAUCCGGUGGUGGAUGCCUUAUACUUCUGUAUCGUCACUAUGUGCACCAUAGGAUAUGGAGAUAUUGCCCCGUUAACGCCGGUCACAAAAGUGUUUGCUUGUGUUUUCGUGUUGGUAGGCUUUGGAUUCAUCGACAUUCUGCUUAGUGGGGUUGUCAAUUAUGUGCUUGACUUGCAGGAGAGUGUAAUAUUAGCCGGCAUCCAAGCACCUAAACAGAAUCAACAAAAAGAACACGGGAAAUUUUCUGCCAGGGACUACAUAGUGGAUGUGGCUAAGGGAAGAAUGAGAAUUAGACUGAAGGUGGGUUUGGCAUUAGGGGUGGUUGUGCUUUGUAUUGGAAUUGGGGCUCUGGUUUUGUACUUUGUGGAACAUUUGGAUUGGGUGGAUUCUGUAUAUUUAUCAGUUAUGUCUGUUACCACAGUCGGAUAUGGGGACAGAGCAUUCAAGACUCUGCCAGGGAGGUUGUUCGCGUCGAUUUGGCUAUUAUUCUCCACACUCGCGGUUGCACGGGCAUUUCUGUAUCUGGCGGAGGCAAGAAUCGACAAGAGGCACCGGAAAAUUACUAAUUGGGUGUUGCAUCGCAAAAUAACUGUUGGGGACCUGGUUGCUGCCGAUAUCAAUAACAGUGGUUUCAUUAGUAAAUCGGAAUACAUAAUUUACAAGCUCAAGGAGAUGGGCAAGAUCAGGGAAAAAGAUAUAAUCCAGAUAUGCGAGCAGUUCAGCAAGCUCGAUCCAAAUAACUCCGGGAAGAUUUCGUUGCAUAAUCUCUUGGAAAGUCACUUGUAGCAUAGAAAGUUUUCUUCCACUACAAAUUUCUCCUAGCCAAUUGUUGUCAGGAUUUCUUCAUUGAAAAAUUGCCCUGAAGCUUCAAAUGUACAGGUAAGCAAGCAAUAAAUGGCAGGGUAUUGAUAUGAGGCAAAGCUUUUCCACACAGAGCAUUUCUGGACUGUAUAUAAACGCUGCAUAGAAUGGAUUCUGGAUAUAUAUUGUAAUUAAAAAGCAAUUGAGAAAAGUGAAAUAAAAAUAGAUGUAUACUGCUUCGUUCU